UUUCGAAACUUGAAGUCCCAUUUCUCUUGCUUGGUGUACUGUUCUCUCCUCCCGGAGCAAAACGCAGAGUUUCAAUCCUUCAGAGCUUCCGCCGCAGAUCAUCAGAGAAAGAGUACUACAGUGAAAAAUCAAAUCAAUGGAGGACAGUACUAGUUCCCCCAAUUCUUCCUCCGAUGACCUCAAGAAACAUGUUAUGAAGGUUUUCAAGGACUCUACCCAGGACUGUGAGGACAUUUUCUUGAAAAAACAAUUUGAGAUGCUUGGUGACUAUGACUCCCUUAACAAUUAUGCGAUUUUGGUGUUUGAUUCUAUGGCGAAUUCCGGCAUGCCUGACGAAGCCAAAGAGCUCUUUAAGCCUCGCUCUGAGUUGGCCGUACUGCCUGAUGUGGCCGUCUUCACCAUUGUCAUUCGGUCCUAUGCCUAUGCCGGAAAGACCAAGGCUGCUCUCAAGGUGUACCACCACAUGUUAGCCAGUGGUGUCGCCCCCGCCUCGGUUACUUACUCUAUACUCAUCACGGCACUUGCAAAAGACUCACCUUCUGAUGUCACUUUCGUUGGGUAUGCCAAGAAGUACUUUUUGGAAAUGUUGGAUAAGGGGAUGAAGCCCCAUUCUGCCUCCUACACGACUGUGUUCGACGCCAUUGCCUGCCGGGAGUCAGUGGAGAAGGCCAGGGAGUUCCUUGAGCAGAUACAAGCAAAGGGGUUUGUCCCUGAGUCCAAAAUUUUUCUGUUUGAAGAAACCCACCUUGCAGAAGCAAUGAAGGGAAUGAAGAUGUAUGAUGAUCUUGUCAACAAUACCACCGACAAGAAUGUGCAAAAAGUAUUCCGCACGUGGCGCACCAAGCCGGGUUGCCUCUACAAAAAGUCGUUGAAGAUGUACAAGGCUUUGAUUGAGGAUGGCAGUGCAGACCAGGCCAUGGAGCUUUAUAAGCGCGUUGUUGAAAUGGGUAUACAGCCCAUGGUUGUAGUCCACACCUCCGUUAUUGAAGCCUAUCUCAAGUUUGGCAAGACCAAGGGUGCUCUGGGGGCGUACUGGGACAUGUUAGCUGCUGGGGUUGCCCCAAACUCCUACACUUACACUGUUUUAAUCAAGGGACUCACUGCUGACCCCAACUUCUCUGGAGAUGCCAAGAAGUGCUUGCUUGAGAUGAUGGACAAGGGGAUGAGGCCUAAUGCUGCUACCUACACUGCUGUGAUAGAGAGCUUUGCAAAGCAAGAGGACGAGGCAUCUGAGAAGGAGUGCAAAGAGUUGGUGGAGGUGAUGAUGGGUAAGGGGUUUGUGCCAAACGCAAAGGCUAUGAUGGAGGUUCUAAAGGGAAGGCCAACACCAGUAAUAAGAAGGGUCAUGAACAUUGUUCUUUCCAAGUUGAAGGGCUGAUGCAUUGCUUCAUCGAUGUUGUUCCAGCAGCUUUAGGAUUAUGAUGUUCCAGAUACGGGGCAGCCAGUAAGAGUAGGAAAUCAUGUAGUAUUGAGUUUCAAUGGGGGAUUUUGGGCUGUUCUUUAUCCUUGUGAAUUUGACAAUGGAGUAGUGUGACGGUUGACAUUGAAGUAAACAAGUAGUCUUUGCUGCUAA